AUCAUUUCGUAUUUUCCUCAGUGCCUUGAAAGGAAGAAGGAUCGUUUGAUUUGAUUUCCAACAUGAAGACCGCUAUCAUCUUUUGCGCUUUAUUUGCCGUGACCUUUGCAUCAGUUCGUCCAGUGCCAUUUGACUUGGAUGAACAGCACGAAACUGUUGAAUACAACCCUAAGGUGUUGACUGUACCUGCCAGGAAAGAUAUAGAUAGAAUUAUUAACGGUCAAAAUGACGUGAGAGGCGAACACCCAUACCAGAUCUCUUUGCAAAGAAAAAAUCCUUCUCAGCCUGGCUCAUUCUACCACACAUGUGGUGGCUCCAUCAUUAAUCAGCAGUAUAUUUUGACUGCUGCUCACUGUGUUGACAGCGGUGUAGCAUCUGACUUCAGAGUAGUCGCCGGUGAAUACGAUUUCAGCAGAAACGACAAUUCUGAACAAACCAUUGCUGUUACUAAACUUAUCAUCCGUAGCGAUUGGAAUCCAGCUAAGAUCAACAAUGAUAUUGCUGUUGUUAAAUUGGCCAGCAAAUUGACCUUCAAUAGCUAUGUUGCUCCUAUCGCGUUGGCUUCUGUUACUCCACCAACCAAUACAGCAAGUCAGGUUACUGGAUGGGGAUUAACUAAUUAUUUCCUUCAAACCAGACCUAACAUUCUACAAGUAUUGAACGUCAAAAGAAGAUCGGACAGUGACGCUGCCGCAUCAAGCAGUAACUACAAUAGUUUUUCUCAAGUCGCAGCUACUACUACUGCAUACCGUGAUGGAACCUGCCAAGGAGACAGCGGUGGCCCACUUGUAUUCAAACAGAAUAACCAAUACCAGCAAUAUGGCGUCGUUAGCUACGGCACAGUCCCUUGCUCAUGGUCCUCUGCUGAUUUCUAUGCCCGCGUUUCUUCCUUCAAGACCUGGAUCGAAAAUAACUCCCGCAUUUAAUCUGCCACAUGGAUCACGUAGUUAUGUUACAGCAUCAUUAAAAGGAUAAAACCUUAAUAGUUAAAUUUCUACGGUUUUAGAUACAGUACACACGUCGAUAAUAGGUUCUGUAGCUUAAUUCAAAAUAAAAA